CAGGCUGCACAACCUUCCUGCUACUUCUCCGAGCCCUGAAACCACAGCAGAACCUUUCAGCUGAAGGGACAUCCCCAGGAGCUGGUGCCCAGGAAAAGGGCACGAUGCUCGCCCCCAGCUCCGCUCCCACGCCAGAGCGGGGCUGGCAAACCACUGGAGCCACAGGAAGCCUCCAGAACCUGAAGAAAUUUAACAGCCAGGACUUCAGGGACCUGCGAGCCUCGUGCCUGAGCCGAGGGCUGCUCUUUGAGGAUGCCACCUUCCCAGCCCACAUCAGCUCCAUCGGUCCCACCCUGCUCCCGGAGGAGAAGCUUCGGCAGAUCCAGUGGAAGAGGCCCACGGAACUUCAGAGAAAUCCUUAUUUGAUCAUGGAUGGAGUUAGCAGAUUUGACAUCAUGCAAGGAGAAAUAGGUGACUGCUGGAUGCUGGCUGCCCUGGGCUCCCUGACACUGCGAAAACAAUUUCUGGAAAAUGUUUUACCCAAGGACCAAGGAUUCCAGGAAGAUUAUGCUGGGAUUUUUCAUUUCCGGUUCUGGCAAUAUGGAGAAUGGGUGGAUGUAGUGAUAGAUGACCGGCUGCCAUUCCUAAAUGGAAGAUACCUCUCUGUACACCCCCGAACUUCAAAUGAAUUCUGGCCAUCCUUGCUGGAAAAAGCAUAUGCCAAGCUGCAGGGCUCCUACCAGAACUUGAAUGGAGGCUACCUUUCAGAUGCUUUAGUAGACUUCACAGGUGGAGUCCAGGUGCAGUUUUCAUUGAAAGAUCCACCUCCUGAUCUGGAGGAGAUCCUGAAAGCAGCUGACAAAUCUCGGUGUCUCAUGGGGUGCAGCACCUCAACCCAGAUGAGGAACAUAGAGCUGAGGAAUGGCAUUGUACAGGGCCAUGCCUACACCGUCACAGGAGCUGUGAAGAUCCCCUACAAGAAUGGCUGGAAACAUAUCAUCAGGAUCUGGAAUCCAUGGGGCCAUGGGGAGUGGAAGGGGCCCUGGAGUGAUAACUCUCCUCAGUGGGACCGUGUUGAGCCUAAAUACAGAGAAGCCCUCCUCAGAAAUAAGGAUGAUGGAGAAUUCUGGAUGUCCUGUAAGAACUUCCAGGAGCAGUUUUCAUGGCUGUACAUAUGUAACAACACCCCAACAUUCCUGGACUUUGGAGAUGAGCACCGCACAACAACGUGGUCCCUGAACAGCUACACCAACCUGUGGAGCCCGGGCCUUCCCACCAGGAGGAGCCGCUAUUCCCAGGGUGCAGCUUCAACAAACCCUCAGUAUUUUUUCAAAGUGCUUGAUCACAACCCGAAAGCCUGUAAUGUAGCAAUUUCACUCAUGCAAAAACACGCUGAGCAUGUGCAGGAUGAAAAAAACCUGAGGAUUGGCUUUUUCAUCACCACGGAGAACUCCAGAGUUCUGAAGCAAACCUUUCUCCAGACUCGAGAUGUGACCAGCUACUUGAUCCUGAGCCCAGGAACCUACGCCGUUGUUCCUGCUGCAGCAGAGGACCAGGAAUUUGAAUUUCUCUUACGAAUUUUCAUAAAGAAUCAAGACUACCAUGAGAACUCAAGCUCCCUGACCAGCCCAGGGCUGCCGAUGGAUGUACCAAGGCAGAGCCAGGGCAGCUCCUAUAAGGCUCUUUUCCUAAAGUACGCUAAGCAGGGCUCAACUAUUGAUGCCUCGCAGCUGCAACAACUCCUUAAUGAAGUGAUCUUGCAAGAUGAAAUGACCAGCCUGGGAGGGACAUUCAGCUUUGAUUCAUGCAGAGGCAUUUUAGCUCUGAUGGAUCUCAACUCGAAUGGAAGACUCACCCUGCAGGAGUUCGGGAGCCUCUGGCGAAGCCUCACUAAGUACAUGGAUAUCUUCUUCAAGGAAGACAGGAACCGUUCUGGAUUUCUUGAUAUUGCUGAACUGGAGAACGCCAUACAGGCAGCAGGUCUGGCCUCCGACGCGCAGCUGCUGCGCCUGAUGACGCUGCGCUACGGCGAUGGCAGCGGCAGGGUUGGCUGCUGCGACUUCGUGUGCUGCAUGCUGCGCCUCGACACCAUGAGCCAUGCAUUCCAAAACUUAGCAGAGGGCAGAUCACAAAUUUUGAUGACAGCAAUGGAGUGGCUGACCCUUGUCAUGUACACCUAGAGAGAUGCCAGAGGUCAUGGUGACUUUUCUUCCUCCUCACAGAGCAGUGUCCAAGGCCACCCCAUACAAAAGCCAUCUUGAAAAACCCCUGAAGGUGGUGAAGGAGUGAAGCCAGGUGUCCUCAUGCUUGGUGGCACUCCAAGCUGCUGGGAUGAAGAGUCCUUUCCAGGCAAACUGGAGGUGCCUUGGAGAGGAAGAAUUGCUAAUGAAAGUACUCCAUGGGCAAGCUGGUAGUACUCAGUGGUCUGGGUAAGCUGGCAGUGUUGACUGUGAUCUUCUCUCAUCUUCCUGUAGAUA